AUCUGGUGCCAAAAUUACGCCGCUAGGACGAGCCGCUUUAUUGGAAUACAGAAUAAACUGUUGUGGUGGUGAAUCACUUAACCGCGAGAACUCAGAAGUGGCGUUUUGUCUACUGUUUGUCUUUGUGUUUGUACAGCUUUUUCUCACGCGUCGACACAAAGAAGGCGGUUUCCAGUAUGGAGGUUGGUUACUUGGAGGCCUUCACCAAAAUAUGGGAACAUGUCCAUAUGCAAUGGAAAGAUGGAGCUCCAAGAGUAACUUUCCUGACAGAUUUUAUCGAGGACAUUUCCAGCUAUAGCUAUAUAUCCGCGAGGGACAUAAUUGUUUGUCUUUUCCUUGGUGUUGCUUUCACCAUCUUGCGAUAUUUCUUAACAGCUGCAGCUUUCAAGGUGCGUUACACGAAAUAUUUACGUUCUUCAAAUAACCUGAAGCCUUUUGUCAUUUUCAAGAUAUCAUUAGCCUUGUGUUUACAUGGGGCUUUCGAACUUCCGUCUGAUGAUAUUGGAGCUGAAAUUGAACAGAUAUUAAACCAUGUUUUCGCUUUGAUGGGCAAGAAGCAAUAUAAGAAUACUGAUGAUCAUGGGAAUAUUCAAUGCUCAAACCUAAUCAUUCUGAAUUGUAUCUCAGUGAUAGAACAGGUUUCUAAUUUAACACAUCGGAAUAGACUUUCUCUACAUAAUGUCUCCCAUUUGAUUUAUGUGUACCUUUAUCUAGGUUGGUACAAGGGAAUGCCUGUUCCUCAAGACAUCUACAUGUUAUAUGUGGUAGAAGCUGGAUUCUAUUUCCAUUCUGUAUACGCCACACUGUUCAUGGAUCUGUGGCGAAGGGAUUCUGUUCUCAUGAUUGCUCAUCAUAUUGUAGCUAAUUUACUCAUUCUGUUCUCAUUUGCAAUGAGGUACCACAGUAUUGGCCUUCUGGUCUUAUUUGUUCAUGACCCAACUGAUAUUAUACUUGAAUUCACUAAACUGUGCGUUGCUUUCAAGUCACGUGGUGGAAAAUACCAUCUCCUACCAGAUGUAAUCAGUGUAGUUGGAUUUCUGUCUUUUGCAUUAGCUUGGUUUUAUUGCCGCCUUUACAUCUUCCCAAUCAAGGUGCUCUACUCUUGUGGCUGCAUCUCUUUGCUUUUCCUUCCUCAAGUCCCUCUGUACUUCUUCUUCAAUGCCAUGAUCUGGCUACUAUUUUUGAUGGACAUUUGGUGGUUUCAUUUCAUUGUGUUGCUCAUCAUUCGUAUCGCUGUUGGAAAAAGCAGUGGUGUGGAAGACACCAGAGAGAUUCCCAAAGAUUCUGUGAAAGGUGAAGAACAUGGAGGAGUAGCAAAUGGGAAAGUGUUACAAAAUGGAGAGCUACAUAACUGUGCAAGUCACAUUGAGGCCACACAUACAAAAGCUGGACAAAGGAAGUACAACAAAGAAGGAAUCAAAAAAGGGGAACCAAACCAAAAUUGUGACAAACAGAAAGACAAUGAGGAGCCAGGCUUCCGCCGCAGGUAGCCACGCACCAAACCAGCUAAUCCAUAGAAUGAAUGCGGCCAUGCACCAUGCCAGCUAAUCCAUAGACUGGAUAAUAUGACUUUGGAAUAAUUUUAUGCUCAAGAGACUAAAAAUGUCCCUUAUUUAUUUAUUUAUUUAUUGGCAUCAUAUUACUACAGGGGCCAAGAAUAUAUGUUUUAGUAAUAACAUGUAUUGAUAAUUUAUUUAUGAAGGAGAGAAUCAUCCUUUGGUUGGAGAUAGACGUUGUUGCUUGCAUAGCAUUAGGCCUUAUGGCCGAUUUGGGGUUAUUGACAUUUAUUUAAUAAUGUAUUUCCUUGAAGCUUCUUCAAAGUUACAAAUAUUCCUACCAGCACAAAUUAAGUUACUUAUGAGGAAGUAAAUCACAGUUAAGUUAUGAGUAUAUAUUGUUGCUUGCAAACUGGUUUUAUUGAAAAUUUUAAUGUUACAUUUUUACUUACUUAUGGCUUUUUCAAAGCCAAGAACAUGAACUUUCAAGUUUUCAUUUUACUGAUAAUUUAUUCAUAAAGGAGAAAAUUGUACUUGAAAUUUGUUUUGAACAGAUAUUGUCACAUGGAAACCGGUUGGCAGAAGUUUGAUUUUAAAUUAUAGGACAGAGUAAGCUAUUUUCCUAUUAUUACCCACAGUAAUCGUGGCCUUUUCAUGCUAGGAACUCUCUCUAGUAUUUCAAUACAAAUUUAAUUUAUCUAUGAAGAAAACUGUGGUUUAAUUAUACAUAGACUUAGUUACUCACAGACAGUAGUAACUGGUUUAGUUUCACUUCUUAAUCUUAUCUACGUGUGCGGUGAUUAGAGUCUUUUCAAACCAAGAAUCUCCUUUCUAGUAUUUUUGUAUGUAUGCAAAGAAAAUCAUUGGUUUAAUUCCUAGGUUCAGUGUACUCCUGUAAGAACUCAGAUUGGAAAACCUUUUUUGUUGGAGGAGGUCUUGGUCAUUUGUGGUCUAUAUUUCAUCAGAUGCAUGUAACUUUAGGCUUGUGGUGAGUAAAUGAAAAAAGGAAUUUAGCCAAUUUGUUCAGGAUUUAGUAGGUCUUAGUCGUCAACUGGAGAUCGUCUUUUAAUAGUUUAUAUUUUAUCAAAUGCAUGUAACCUUAUGUACACUCGUGGGGAUCAAAUAAAAACAACAAAUUUAGCCAA